AUGCUGUUGACGAGCUCAGCGGGAUUUAUUCUGUUCUUGCUCUCUCAUUGCACUGUGUCAGUGAGCACCAAAGAGGCAGUGGUCUUGGCUAAUGCCCACCUUCUCCCCCAAAGAGGCUAUGAGAAACUGGGCAACACCAAUGAACAAGACUAUCCAAGGGAUUGUUUUGAGAUUUUUCAGCGCGCCAAAGGAAAUACCAGAGAUGGUCUUUACAUCAUCCAACCAAAGGAGGACCCAAUUGUUGUCUUUUGUAACAUGCAGGAUGGUGGCUGGACAGUAAUCCAGCACAUUACAGCCAAUAGUACUGUCGACUUUGAUAGGACCUGGCAGGAUUACAAAUACGGAUUUGGCUCCAUUCAUGACAACCACUGGUUAGGAAAUGAAUAUAUGCAUCAGUUAACUAGCAGCUCUGUGCAAUAUAUACUUGGAGUUAAACUUGUAAACCUAAACGCUGAAAUCAAAUGGGGACAGUAUGAACCAUUCCUUAUUGAAGGUGAAGAGUCUCAAUACCGAAUCAGGGUUGGUCUAUACAAAGGCAACGCCACUGAUGCUCUGACCCUGGACACAGAGGCUUAUCUCCAUGACAACCAGAAGUUCACCACCAAGGACAGAGACAAUGACAAUUACUUUCAGAAUUGUGCUAAACUGGAACACAAUGGUGUUCCUGGGGGAGGCUGGUGGUACGACGCGUGUGCUGGAGCAAAUCUAAACCGUAGGAACAUGAUAUACUGGCAAAAGGACUGCAACAAGCAACGCAUGUGCAAGUUUGCAUGGAUGAUGAUCAAACCCAUUGACCACAGCCUGUCAUAUCCAACCAAGUCCUGUCCAUGUCAGAAAGUUGAACUGUAG